UUGAGUUGUUAACCUCAGGCUAAUAAAAUGGUUUCUCCCGAUCAGUGUCAGAUUGGUCUUUUUGUUGCGUUUGAUAUUGUAGCAGGCCUCGUUGGGAUUGUAGCAGGAACUAUCAAAUAUAUUUGGGUGCAUGACCGGACUGACAGGACCAAGUGUGAUUUGUCGGCGAGCGCGCCCCUUGUCAUAGCGCUCGUAAUGAGCCCAAUCCUUCUCAUCAUCGCUCAGUGGUUUCUAUUCUCUGGCCUUUGUUGCAGUAUUUUGAAAAGCAACGGAGAUUCACAGCAGAACAAAGCAAGAUUUCUUUUUGUUAUCACGUGGGUUUUGUUCGCUUUAGAAGAGGCUCUGCUUUGGACAGGAGUAUCAACACUGGUGAAAACUAAUUCUGAAAAGCCAUGUCAAUCCUUUACAUCUUUCUCUUCAAUCAUCGGAGGAGUUGUCACCACUGUCCAUGCGUUUUCUGGCUAUCAUUAUUUGCGCAUUGCUACAAAGGUUGUUCAUCCAACUAGAGGCUAAAUGGCUAAUUGGAUGUUAGCUUACUAAUA